UACUGCAUAACGUAUAAGUCACGUCUUUCACAUACUCUUCACCAUUAGACCAAGACCUGCCUCAUCCGUACCAUAAAAUUAAUUAUUUUAUUGGAUUACGUACACUAAGAGUUUGUUACACUAACAACAAAUUAUAAGGAGGCGGGGGGCGUGAAGAGAGGAAACUCCAUACAUAUCUUUCUCUGAAAACUCGGACAACCUUUCAUUUUUCCUAAUUUUAUGUAUCCCCUCAUAUUUGCUACAAUUAAUCACAAAAAAAAAAAGUAUGAGAGAUGUCCAAGAAAAUACCAAAAUCAGUGGACUUGCUUCAUUGGUGGUGUACUCUAUACUUUUCACCUACACCCUCUUUAACAUCUUAUCUCCCUCCUCUCCUCUUUCUGUCUUCACUAUUGCCAAAACAUUACAUUAUAACUAUCCAAGAUAUCAUCUUAUUCAUCCUCCAAAGGGUAAUUAUGGAAAAUGUGAUUUGUUUAAGGGGAAAUGGGUUGAAGACCACACAAAGAACCCUCCCUACACAAAUGCAACUUGCUCCACAAUUCCAAUAUCAAAAGAUUGUUUCUUGCAUGGGAGGAAUGACAAGGAGUUCUUAUAUUGGAAAUGGAAGCCAGACAAAUGUGAGCUACCAAGGUUCGAACCCAAGACCUUCUUUCAAAUAAUGCGCGAUAAGAGGCUUGCAUUUAUAGGAGAUUCAGUUGCUAGAAACCAAAUGGAGUCCCUUUUAUGCAUCUUAUCUCAAGAAGAAGCUCCAAUUGAUGUGUACAAGGAUGCCAAAGAUCGGUCUCGAACAUGGUUCUUUCCUAGGAACAAUUUCACCCUAAUGGUGUUAUGGACAAGGUUUUUGGUUAAGGGUGUUGAAAGAGAGGGUGGUGUUUAUGAUUUGCACCUUGAUCAAGUGGAUGAAAUUUGGGGUUAUAAUGUUAAUCAAGGAUUAGUUGAUUAUGCCAUUGUUUCAAGUGCUCAAUGGUAUUUUAGGAAGAAUUAUUUGUUUCAAGGAGGGAAAUUAAUUGGAUGUCUCUAUUGCAAUGAAUCCAAUUUGACUCAAUUUAAAGUGAGUUUUGCUAUUGGGAAGGCCUUUCAAACUGCACUCAGCUACAUUAAUAGUUGCCAGGAAUGCAAGGGCAUGGUGACAUUGGUGAGAACAAUCUCACCAACACAUUUCGAGAAUGGGACGUGGAAUACCGGAGGCCAUUGUGAAAGAUUAAAGCCUUACAACAAAACACAAGUAGUAAACACUUUGGUAAGUAGCAAAAACAAUGAUGAAUGGGAUGUUAGAGGUGUUCAAAUGGAAGAAAUCGAGAAAGCAACAAAGAAAGAAGGACAACCAAUAUUUCGAGCCAUGGACAUCACUAUGGCUAUGUUGAUGAGACCGGACGCGCACCCGGGUUCAUACUGGCGUGACAAGAAGAAGAAGAAAGGGUUCAAUGAUUGUGUGCAUUGGUGCAUGCCUGGUCCUAUUGAUGUGUGGAAUGACCUCUUGUUGGCACUACUUUUAUGAUUGUUAUAAUCGUCCCACUAUACAUGAUGCUCUUGUUCAAAGAGUUCUAAUACAUUAUAGAUUAUACAUACAAGUAGUAUGUAACACAUCAAGAUUCUUUCAUUAAAAAAACACAUAAAUUUUGUCAAGCAUGUUUAUCAUGAUUUCA